AUGACACACGAAUUCGUCAUGUUCUUCAUAUGUCCUACUUGUAUAGUCGACACAUAUUACAAAGUAAGAAAAGCUGUUUUAUUUUACCCUCACCGAGACAUAAAAAACGGACGACUCUAUCUUGGUGCAGUGGGAGCUUAUGAUUGGUCUGGUACAAUCACAAAAUAUGAUACCGUCGACGCUGACACACCUGAUAUUCCAAAAUACAAGGACGUGCAAAAAGUACUUCCAAAUAGAACAAAGGAGUCAUAUCUCGGUUAUUCCGUGAUCACUGGAUUUUUUGAAAGCGGGUCAAAUGAGUAUGUCGCGGCCGGAGCACCAAGAUAUAUGCUCAUGGGAGCUGUGGUUGUCUAUCGACCCGAAAAUGGCAACGCUCAAUUUCAUGACCACGUCACAUUGAUGGGACACCCAAACACUCGUCAACUGGGGGCGUAUUUUGGCGGGAGCGUCUUAACAACUGACGUAAACAAUGAUGGCAAAGACGACUUAUUAAUUGGUGCACCAUUGUAUGUUGGUGAUAAUUACGACGAGGGAAGAGUGUUUGUGUAUGUCAGUCAACCCAGCAAUACUCUGAAAACCUGGGCUGAUGACAACUUUAAGCCUCUAGAAUUGUUUGGACAACAUUUGAUUGGUGGAAGAUUCGGAACUGCCAUGGCAAGUGCUGGAGAUUUGAAUAUGGACGGAUAUAAUGACGUCAUCGUUGGAGCUCCGCUCACGGAAGGUGACCGCGGUGCAGUCUUUGUCUACCAUGGAAACGCAAAUGGUGUUGAUGUAAACGCAAAACAGAAAAUCUUGGCAUCAGAAUUGACCGGAGUCCAGCUCAAAUAUUUUGGACAAUCUUUGCAAGGCGGUGUAGAUCUGGACGGAAACAAGUAUCCGGAUAUUGCCGUUGGCGCACCAAAAAGCGACACAGUUGUUAUUUUCAGAUCACGGCCCGUUGUAAAUAUUGAAGCCACGAUUAAAUACAAGUCCAAGGUUAUUGACAUUUUCGAAUGCAUUGACAAAAACUAUCAGAAUUGUUCUUCAAUAGAAGUUUGUUUUACUGCUACUGGAGUUACAGUUGAAGACACAGUUGGCAUGACUUUUAAUCUGACGUUGGAUGUUGACAAAGUCGGUGCUGACAAACGUUUAGAAUUCCGUUCAAGUUCUAAUCUUGCUGUUCCCGGACAACCAACAUGGACCGAACCAAUACAACUUGCGCGAGACAACAAGCAGUGUGUGACUAAAUCAGUUCAUAUGAAGUCGAAUAUUAAAGAUUACGAUUCCCCAAUCAAAGCUGAAGUAAAAUUCGACCUCUUGUCUUCUCACACCGACAAACCUCUUUCUUCAGUUCGAGAUCCAAACAAACCAAAUAUUAAACAAGAUGUCCUGAAUUUUGCAAAGAAAUGUGGAGAUGAAGGAAAAUGUGAAUAUGAUCUAAAAAUCGAUGCCAGUUUGAAACUGCCACCAUAUAGCACAGCUGAUGGUAAAGAUCUGACAGACGGUGGAAAAGUUUUGGUUGUUGACCAAAAAACAGCAUCAGUUCCUGUAACCGUGAAAGUUAACUUGACUAACAAUGGCGAAAAUGCUUUCGAUACUCGAAUAAAAGUUACUUACACAUCACAAAUCAGUUUGAGCACGUUGGUCAAUCGAAUAGCAAAUCCUCCAUCAAAUUCGUGCAUGGUUGAAGACACUGAUCCAGUAGAUAUUGGAAACGGAUUGAAAGAACAAAUUCUUCGAUACAACUAUAAGACAAACAUCAUGCGACAAAAUGCAUGGUGCUAUUUUGAAUUCAAUCUGAUCACAGAAAACUUGAGAAACAAUGGAACAUUAGAAACUUUUACAGUUGACGUCACAGCAUACACAAGUGAUUCUUCAAGUUCUUCGAUAGAAAAGAAUUCAAAGGACAACACCUGGGCCCAGUCACCUCGAAUAAAAUACAAAUCAGAUGUCUCAUUGAAAGAAGGUGAAGAAUCCGAAAUAUCAUUCAAUUACACCACUGCAGAAUCUAACAUCACUUCGAUAACUGAAAUUGGAGGAAACGCUUCUGAUAUUUUAAUUGCCAUGGAGAUACGAGGAUCUGGUUACAGUAACAUCCCUGUUGUCGAUACUUCCCUGUCCUAUCCAUUGAGAACAUCGCACGGAGACAUGCUCAUGUAUUUAUACAAGGUGGAAUGCUCACCAGAUGAUCCCAACAGCAAGGCUUCAUGUUAUUGCGAUGAUUCAAAAAUUAAUACUUACAAUUUGACUUUGGAUGCACCGAAUGAAAAUAACACCAAUGGAAGCUUUGUAACUAUUACUCCACCACAAAGACCAAUUGACAUGUCAACUUUCGAUUGCUAUUCGGAGAAUGGCGGUAAAAAUUUCACGUGUGAGACAUUGAGAUGCGUCAUUUCGGAUCUGCGACUUUCAGAACUUAUUCGAUUCAAAGCGCACUUCCGGUUUUGGAGUUCUAGCAUUGAUUUCAAUGACACGGAUUUCGAUGAGUUAGAAUUGCAUUCUCGAUACUCGGUUAACACAAACAAUUCUCCUUAUAUUGUUGAUGAGAAUGGUGACAACGGUAUUACCAAAACUAAACAGGUUAUAUCGAAAGCGAAGAAAUACGAAGCAACCGCAGCUCCCGAACCCACUUCUGAUAAUUUAUGGAUUUACAUUGUUGCCGCGAUCGGAGGAUUACUGCUCCUUAUUCUGCUUGUACUUAUUUUAUGGAAGGCUGGAUUUUUCAAGAGUAAAUACGCUGACAUGAAAAAAGAUGCCCAAGACGAUUUAGACGACGAAACAGAUUUUCAAGGAAAUGGCAAUGGAAAUUCAACAGCAGAUAUGGUUGACUGAUUUCAGCACAAAACCAAGUUUAAAGAAUAGUUUUGAUUCUGUCAGUUACAGAAACCAAACAAAUAAAUUAAAGAGCCAAUGCUGCCUUUUAACUACAUAUCGUACACUGUUGCAUUAGCAUGCUAAACACUGUUAAAAAUGCGUUACAUUAACUUGAAUUUCGAACGUGGCUAAAUCUAAGUAGCACCGUAAAUUGAUGUUAAUUUUAUCGCACUUUUUAACAUUGGAUCAGUAAUUCUAGAAAAUUGUUGUAUUGUACCGUAUUUUGCUUGCUUUUAUUUCUUAUUUUUAUUAUUAAUAUUAUUAUUAGUACCUUAUCUGUUUUUGACAUUGUUGUAACAAUUAAUUACAUAACUAAUUUUUGACAUGAGAUAUCAUUUUCAUCUUCUCACAUUACGAAAAAAGUAGAAAAAAUUAGUAAAAAGAAAAUUAAAUUAAAAGGGAAUAUUUGUCAUAAUAUGAAAAAAUCAAAAUAAAAGAAUUUACGAAUUAUAUAAUCAAUUUUAACAAACUUUUAAAAAAAUACUUAAAUUUUUAUCGGAUAAUCAACAAGAAAAUUUUGAAAAGGAAAUUUUCCUACAGCUCACCAUCUAUUUUCCAUCUUUUUUUUUGUUGUUUUUAGCAUACACCUUUCUUGCUGUUAUUUUGUUGUUUUUAUUAUUAUUAUCAUUUUAAUAUUCAUGUGUUUUAAUAUUCCUGCCAGAUUCACCAUGAGCGCUUUAUUUAAAAAGAAGUGAUAUUCAGUAAACAUGCCUGAUGUUUUUUAUGAUUUUCUUUGCUUAAAUACGUGAAAUUUUUGGCCUUGAUAUAAAAAUUUUGCUGCAAAAUGCUCUUUGCAAUGAUAAAAA